UGAAAUCUUUCUUCAGAACGAAAUUAGAACUUCGAACUUCAUUGUCAUUGUCACUGUCAUUUUUUAACUUGCACACACUAAAACAUCAGAUAUGACUCUGAGAUUUGGUUCCGGGCUAAGCUCCAACAGAAAGAUGGUUAACCUUCUAAACCGAUCUCAUAAACUCUCAAACUCACAUCCAUCUACACAGUGUCAAGUUGAUCGUUCUCUGCUUUAAGUCUAAGAUGAUGAUCUUUCAGUAAGUUAUGUAAUAGAAAAGUAACAAUCAAGCUGGUAAACCAACGGACGGGCUUUAUAUCCUCUAGCAAGAGACUAGUUACCACUCGCGAGGACUGGACUGAGAUGGCCUUAAUUGAUAAGUCACGUGUGACUAGAUCGAGGCUAGGACUAGACACAUUGUUAAAACGAAGAGAAACGCAUUCUUCACUUGUUUUCUUUUUCUCUUUCUUUAAACUCAUACAUAGUACAAAGUUUCUCCUGCUACUGCUUCAAUUUCGGGGGAUCUUUCUGCUUCGUGCCAAAUUGUUCGUCUUUCAUAAUGGAUUAUCUUCAGAAGCUAGUUCUUCUCUUUCGAAAGCGGGAGAGAUCUGUUGGAAGUUCAAGGCCUGUUGAAUCGUCAAGGCCUGCUGAAUCGGCAGUGUCCGCUGAAUUGGCAAAGCCCGCUGCAUUAUCUUUUUCAAUUCUCAAAAAUGUCCCAGUAGAGAUAUUAUCAGACAUCAUGGACUUCCUUCCUUUAGAGUCUGCUGUAGCCUUCUCCCUUUCCUGUAUGCACCUCGGACGCUUGCUCGGAACUCAACAUUUUUCAAGAAUAUCAACCUCGGCUGAAGGAACACUGGCGCUGCUGAAUCUCCUGGCCCUCGAUUUACCAGAUCAGGUUGUCUGCUCUGUCUGCAAGAGACUGCACCACAUGCAAAACCUGCUCAGAUACAAUUGCAUUACCUACGGCACUUGUUCGACGACUCGUGCGUACACCUCUUUACGAUUUCCAGCCUGUGUGACUCGGGACCGCGACAACGAAACUUGGAUAAUCACUGAACGUUUCGGUGAAACUGCCGUCAAUAUGGUUUUAAAAAGAUACCACCAAAACCCGGAGGAUAGAGAACUAUUGAAAUUUAUGUCACACCAUAAAGCAAAGAUAACCAACUGGGGAAAGUAUCUGCGGCAAUGGAGAGAAGAAUGUCGUAUUGUUCAAGGUCAUCUGGUGCAUAGGGUACAAAGCGUAUUCAUCUCGCGCGAAUGUUCAAGUACCGCGGAUUUUAAACCACCUUCAACCGCCUCUGAGAAUAUAUGUCCGCAUAUCAGGUUUCAAACGAGCUUGAAAUACAUCGGGUCUGGGGUGAGGAGAUGUUGCAAAUGCCCCACGGAAUACCGUAUUGACUUCAAAUUUUUUGAAGGCCUUGGAUGGGCCAGAUUCUUCACGAGAUGGAAGGAUUUUGGGUCCGAGGGUGAAUCGCUCUGGGCGCAACAUCUUCCUUCGAGAGCAACAUCGACAGUAAAAAUCUUUAGAGCCAUCCUUGACGGUCAAGUUAGCGUGCAGACUACAGCAGAGGUCCCAAGUCAACUAGAGGUUCAACAUCAGGAAUGGGACUUAUCUUCUGCAUUCGAGGACAGCAAAGACUUCAAAUUCGACUCGCUGCUAACAGCAGAAAAUAAGGCCGAGUUGUUUCGAUUUCGAAAGUGGUACUGGAGAAAGGUAACCUAGUCUUCAUGAAGAUGUGUUAGCAUAUGUGCAGUUAACAAACAAAAUUGAACGGGAUGGAUGAAGAGCUCGUCUUGGCUUCGCCCGAAGGCUAAUAGUCACCAGCACUGACUGAGAAGUGCAAGCUUAUCGCUGGUGAUAAAUAUAUUUGUAUUAAUAAGAAUAGGAUAAGAAUAGUGUGGUUAAGAAUAGUGCUGUUAAGAAUAG